AAGAGAUAAUAUUUUUCUAUAAAUGUGAAAUUUGCUAUUUUCACUACAAAAACAAAACUUCAACAAUGAAACUUAUCAUCUUCUUGUGUUUAACAAUAGUGGCUCUGGUGCAGGCCGAAGGCGAGGAGGAGCGCGAGAAGCUGAACGAGCAGGUGAAAAAAUGCGAGGAGGAAUUGGGCGGUCCGAAAAACCUGCUGGAGAAAUUGGAAAAAGGCGAAGACAUCGGCGACGCGACUAAAGCCGGCAAGAUGGCGUUGUGUUUCAACGUCAAAAUGGGCCACAUGGACGCCGACGGGGACGUGGUGGAGCCGGAGUUCGUGGAGCACGUGGAGAGGCUCACCAGCAACGUGGCUUUGCGCGGUAAAAUCGUGGACGAAUGCGGAAAGAAGAACGGGGAAACCCCGGAAAUCGCCGCUCUGAAUUUCGUCAGGUGCAUGCUACGUUUAGUGCCGUAGAUUUUUCUACAGACCGAUGGGAAUAUCUGAAGAUGUACAAAGCGAUUUGAAAGUCGCGCAGAUCGCGUCUUCGGUUAUCCCUGUCGGUCCGUAGGUUAAAUAAAAGUUACUAAUGAAAUCACAA